UCCAAGAUGGCGACCAACAGUGACGCAGAAAAGCUAAGAAAACAAAUCGAAGUUCUCUCGAGUCUCAUAAGCACUCACAGGGAAAUAAAAAAGAAUGAUAGUAGCACGAAUAAACAACAAAGUAGCGUAAAAUAUAACUGGAAAAAGGAAAGCUCCGAAAACAAAAAGGAAAGUGAAAGUUCGUCACGAAAUGAGCUGAGUGACGAAGGACAGUACAAGAACAAUUCCUUCCCUUUAGAUCGCCGAAAAGAUGGAAACAGUGUUGAAUUUAGAGCGAAAACGUCUGCUUCGAACCCUCUUCCACGGACGGGAACAACAAAAACUUACAAAAACAAUAACUCAUAUCAGAAAAGUGAACAAAUUAUUCCUUUGCUAAGACCUUCUGUGUCCCGUGAUACGCAUAUUAGCAAAUCAUUCUUAGUCAGUGUUGAUAAAGAUAAUAAAUGUUCUAAGAUACUCGAUAGAAAUGAUGAUAAAACAAGAGAGGGGAUAGUAUCUGAGAUGUGGCUCCAUGAAACAUCAAAGAAAGGUGUAAAUAGUUUGUCUGCUUCAAGAUCAUUACUGUCUGCAAGAUUGUCAUCAUUAUCAUCUUCUAUUGCUGCAGCAAAAUCGAAAUUGAAUUUGGAAUCCAGUGCUGUCAGCAAUACAGGUUCCGAGAAAUUAACAAAAUUUCCUUCUACCACGUCCUAUUCAUCCUCAAAUGUGUUAAUGAAGUCAUCGUCAUCAUCUUUAAAAACCCAGGAUAAAAUAAAUUGGUCGUCAUCAUCAUCAUCAUUUUCGUGGAGUAAACUACAAACUUCUGUUCCCAGAACUUCAAGUUUAUUCAAUAUGAAUAAACCUUCCACAUCUAGUUCAUCGUCACAUAUUUUAAUGAACUCAUUGCCAUCAUCUUUAAACAACAAGGGGAAAAUAAACCAAUCUUCAUCAUCUUCAUAUUCAUGGAGUAAACUAGGAACUUCUGUUCUCAGAACUUCAAGUUUAUCUAAUAUGAAUAAACCUUCAACAUCUUCCUUAAAGUGGACCAAGCCAAUAAGAACCAAUAAGAAUCGAAGUACACUGGGAAACAAACCUUUACAUGCGACAAGGGUAUCAGUUAAACCCUCUCAUGGUAACACCCUCGUAUGGAGAUCACAGCAGAGCCUAAAGUUGGAUAGAAGAAAAAGAAGAUCAAUCACCUCAGAAAGUAAAGGGUUUAUGAGAAGGAGACAGAAAGCUCUUAAAGAUGUACCUCGGAAAGCAGUUCAUGUUUCAAGAUAUUCCCUUGUAAAUUGCAAGAGAAAGAAUCCAAUCAAGGCAGAGAAAUCCAACAAAGUGGUCAUAAUUGAAGGAGUACAAUACAAAUCUUCAGCCAACAAGCUUCAGAAAGCAAGUCAAGAAAAAACUGGAAGAAAUCCUAAGAAAGCUAAGAGAAGGCCUUCCAUGACUCUGAACAUCAGAGGAGAAAAAUUCUUGAUGAGUGAGUCAGGGAAAACCCUCACAAGAAUUAAUCCAGGGAAAACCCCUAUUAGAAAAGGUCCAGAGAGAGAUACUCCAAGAGAGGCGGCAUCAAUAUCAGAGGGUACUAAGGGUAAACAUGCAAAGAGUAGGUCGUCCUUGAGUAAGGUAUCCAUAGGAGGAGUAACCUUCGUGCAGACCGCACCUGGUGUGUUGGUUAGGAGUAAUGACGCAGUGAAUAAGAAAAUAGCAAGUAGAGUGGUGCGGCGAAGUGUGCAGCAUGCAAUACUGUACAAGUACAAGAAGAAUGUCAAGACAAAGUCUAAGUCAGAGCAGUACUGCAUGUUUUACAACAGAUUUGGAAAAUGUAACAAAGGAGUAAACUGUCCCUACAUUCAUGACCCAACCAAGAUUGCAGUUUGUACCAAGUUUCUGCAGGGUAAAUGUAAAAAGACUGAUGGCACAUGUUCAUUCUCUCACAAAAUAGACAAAGACAAGAUGCCUGUAUGCCAGUUCUUCUUGAAGGGCACCUGUACGAAUGAUGACUGUCCAUACUCUCAUGUUAAUGUCAAUAGCAAGGCAGCCGUGUGUCAAGACUUUAUCAGGGGUUACUGUGUGAAUGGCCAACAGUGCAAAAUGAAACACAUCUUGGACUGUGAAGAGUUCUCGCGCACUGGUAAAUGCUCAAAGGGUAAGAAAUGUAAUCUGAUUCAUCGGGAACGGAAAGCCAAAAAAAGAAGUAGACAAUCCUCAACCAGCAAAGAGCCCAAACCAAAACAAGCAGCUCUAGAACAGCUGACCGAGGAAGAUGGGUUCUUACCUCUAGUACAAAUAGAUGUAUCAACAGAGAAAGAUUCGAGCCACCCAGAUGAUGUCACACACAAACAACCAGCAGAGUCAAUUGCAAUUAAGCCUCGAUUUCUGGUCAACAAGGACAAACCAGGAUAAGUAUAGCAGAAUGAAAACACUUAAUCCAUGUAAUGAAUCUCGAAUGUCACUCAACUGGAACAGUCUUAAUACCAAUACGCAUGACACAUCAAAUAAACAAGAUACCAUGUUGUAAAGUAUAAUUAAAUGAGUACAGACAAGUAAAUGGUCAUAUACAAGCAAACAAGAAAAUGUCUCUUGUGUAUUUGAUGUCUCCUGUGCAUUGACUGUUCUGGUUGAGUGAUGGUGACUAAAAGUCUCUAAUAGUCACAAAAUAAAAACCAUUACUGACUAA